AUGAGCUCGGGAGCCGAAGGGGACCGGGGUGCGCCGGAGGAAGGCGGCCGGCACGUGCAUAGCAUCGAGGCAUCCGGGGCGCAAUCCGAUUUUGAGGGUUUCUCGGCGGGGGGAUCGCCGCCGGGGGGCGCCUGGCUGCUGGCGGACGGUGAAGAGUCCGGCGAGGAGGGGGGCGCAUCGGCGAGGCCGAGUUUCGCGAGCACGGAGGGUGAAGGGGAGUGCAGGGAAGGAUCCCCCGGGCCGGGAUGCGGCGCUUCGUCGAUAGGCAACGAGAGCUUCACGGACGUCUUGGCUUCCAUCCUGCAAGACGUCGCCCCGCUUUCGGACUCCAGCGACGCGGAAGGCGCCGAGCUCGUGGACCCCUCGGGCGGCCGGCCCACGACGGCAGCCGAUGGGAGCGACGGCCAGGAGAACCUGAGCGACUGGGUGGCCGUCGACGAGCGCGCCGGCAGCCAACAGGGGGAUGCGGAGCAUGAGGAGCCCAGCAGGCGAGCGGGGUGCAGCACCCCGGAUGGCGACUGGUGGUCGGCGGCCCCUCUCUCGGGCUCGAAAGGGAGGGCCGGCAGUGAAGCGGGGAGCGAAUCGGACGGGGGUGGCUGGGAGGCCGUCCCGCCGUGCUGCGGGUCGGAUGGGGACGGAUGCAAAGGCGACUUUGACGCGCAGUCCGCUGGAAUGGACGACCAAGGGCGGGGGAGGCAUUCUCGAACGGACGAUGUUGAUCGCCUGGAGGCCGCCGGCUGCGCCAGCGAAGAUGACGUCGACGCCGACUCGGAGUCGGGCGACGGCGCCCCCGAGGAGCCGUCGUGGGAAGUCCUGGAGCGCGUCUUCCGGUGGGUGUGGAAGCCAGAGCACUGCCAGGCGGGCCCUGAGGCCCUGCGGGCGGCGUGGCCCCAGGCCUACGCGGCCGCCUUCGACGUGGCGCAGGGCGGCAUGCUGGCGUCGCUGAUCGUCACCCUGUUCGAGCAGCGCCUCGAGGGGAUAGGCGAGCGGAUGGCGAGCCGAUCGGGCGAGGCGCUGAUCGCCUGCGCGCUGGGGGAAUGGCGCGAUCUGUUCGGGUCGAUCCACACGCUGUCGGACCUGCUGCUGCACGCGUCGCGCGUGAGCGCCCCCGCGUCCCCACCUCUGCCCGAGGGAGUGGUGGGCAUGGAGGCGCCGCACGGCGAAGAUCUGGCGGCGCUGGUCUACCAGAGGUGCGAUGACUUUUGGCUGGAGGCGGUGGGGCGCGCGGGCCUGGCGCGGGCCAUGGUGGGCGUGAUCGCCGACCUGAGGGAGGGUCGCCCGGCCAACGAGGUGCUGGUGGUGGAGUCGACGUGCAUGCUAGAUUCGAUGGGAUUGUACGAAGCCGUGUUCGAGGGCGCAUUGGUGCACGAGUCGGUGGCGCACUUCCGGCGGAGGGGCCGGCACUGGGUGAGCGCCGUGCUGAGGACGGAGAGCGACGCGCCCUUCCCGGAGAUCCAGGACAUCCUGGCCCGGGAGGAGGCGCGGGCGAGCGGCCUGUACCCCAAGAGCGCGCGCCUGGUGCUUCACGCGGCAUCCAUGGAGGUUCGAUCCGCGAUCCAGGAUCGGAUGGAGCCCGCCGUUGGCGGGCUGAUCGACGCGCAGAGGCACAGCGACCUCGCAUGGCUGGCGGCCGCCUGCGCCGACGCGCCCGAGCUUGGCCAGCGGCUGCGAUCCAUCUUCCAGGCGCAUGUCGAGAACUGGGCCGUGGAGGCUGCCGCAUCCUCGGCGGGGUGGCUGGCCGAUCCCGUGGGGUGCCUUGGGGCCCUGUGGGAGAGGGGGGCGGCUUUAGUUGAGGGCGGGUUCGGCAGGAGCCCGGAGUACUGGGCGGCGCUGUGCGGCGCGAUAGCCAACACAUUCAGGGCGCGGGGCGUGGGGCGCAGGGCCCAGCAGGAGUUCAUGGCGCACGUGGCCACCAGCCACCCGCAGUGCGUGGGCUACUUCUCGGGCCCGCGGGCCCGGGGUGCCGAGGGGGAGGCGUCGCUGAUCUGCACGGAGGUGCUGUAG